UGUAGUCAGAUAUCAACCUUCUGUGCACGCACGAAAGGAAUUUACAAAAUAUCCACACACAAAGACACAGAGGCAGCUGGGAAACAAACCUGAGGGACUGUUUGUGAAUGUAUUUUUCAUACUAUUUGUGUGAUCAUGUUCCACUAACCCCGCCUCCUCCCCCCUGGCGAGUGUGGCUGUUGUCCCCAAAGCUCAGGACGGUGAACUCAGUUUCUAUAUUUAGGAUCUGACUGGUAAAGUUGACCAGGUUCUACAGUGUAUAACUGUCCGAGGUGUCUGGUGCUGACUAGUGUCCCGAAUUUUACCAGCAGUGGUGAGGGAUGGCAGUUUUAACUUGUAACCUACAGCCGCGGAUGAAAAUCACUCAAACAGAUGUCAUGAAGCCCUUUUUUUACAGCAGCGGUUUGACGCGAACUGCUUACACAGAGACUCAGCCUGAAACCCCAAAGAGCAGGCGUCGUGAUGCUCAGUGGCUGGGAAACACUCCCUAGUAGGGUCAUGGAAAAGAAACAACCAUUGUUCGGACAAAACAGCAGACACAAGAUGGGAGAGCAGAAGAUUUGUGUGGUAGACUCGGAUCCUUUUCCUUGCUGAAACCACAGAAUUAGGAAUUCCAACUGGCCCUCCAGGAGAGGAGAAAAUGUAGCUGUUCAGUAACCGUCACCCAAAAUGGCAGCACCUUUGGUGAAUGUACUCUGGGGGAGGGGGAUUUGAAAGGGUUAAAACCACUCCACACGCAGCACUCUGCUGAGCCAUGGCAGUGUACAAGUUGACCCCUGACCCCACAGGAAAGGAAUGUGGAAGCUCUUUUAUCUCUGAGACACUUGGACAGUUGAAAAUUGGAGGGAGAUUAACAAUGCAGAGCAGCAUUACAUACUCAUCCCCGACCAUAGCUGUGGGGACUGGGUGAGAGAGAGACACAGAGAGGCAGAGAACGAGAGAAAGAGAGAGAGUGGGAAAGAAAUUCAGAGCAAGACAAAGAAGCCCCUUACACGGAAGGACUGCCAGGUCCAGAAGGACUUUGCCAGAAGCAGCCCUAUUUGAGCCCCAGACCACACCCUCCGAAAGUUCCACCCGUUCCUCAAGCCCCGCCCUUGCUACGCCCUUCCCGCCACUGCCCACGUGAAGCCUGGAAGGCAGGGCAAACACGGCCUGGUUUUCAUGGCAACGGCACCCUAGGGCUGCCAUGGCAGCUACUGCCACCGAUGCCCCAUGCCAUAUCACCACACUGACGCCGGAGGACGCCGAACGAAGAGCCACUGCCAAGCUGUACGGAGGGACUGCACUGCCACGAACCGACGGAGAGAGAGAGGGACAGAGGGAGAGAGAGAAGGCGAGAGAGAGAGAGAAAGAGAGGCAAGAGAGUGCCAGCGGCUACGAGUGCUUGGUGUGUGGGGCUUUGUUUGGUUCGCAGGAUAAGCUUCGGCUUCACACCUUCUGUCACACAGGAGAGAAACCUUUCCACUGCUCCCACCCGCACUGCCUUAAAGCCUUCAGCUCUAAAUACAAACUUUUCAGGCAUAUGGCCACACACUCGCCACAGAAAACCCACCAGUGCUCAUUCUGCGAGAAAAUGUUUCACCGCAAAGAUCACCUGAAGAACCACCUGCAGACCCAUGACCCCAACAAGGAGGCCUUCAAGUGCGAGGAGUGUGGCAAGCACUACAACACCAAGCUGGGCUACAAGCGCCACGUGGCCAUGCACUCGGCCACGGCCGGCGAUCUCACCUGCAAGGUGUGCCUGCAAGGCUACGAGAGCACGCCGGCCCUGCUGGAGCACCUGAAGAGCCACUCGGGCAAGUCUUCCGGCGGCGCCAAGGAGAAGAAGCACCCGUGCGACCACUGCGACCGGCGCUUCUACACGCGGAAGGACGUGCGCCGCCACAUGGUCGUGCACACCGGCCGCAAGGACUUCCUCUGCCAGUACUGCGCCCAGCGCUUCGGCCGGAAGGAUCACCUCACGCGCCACGUGAAGAAGAGCCACUCGCAGGAGCUGCUGAAGAUCAAGACGGAGCCCCCGGACCUGCUGGGCCUGCUGGGCUCUGGCCCGCCCACCUGCACCGUCAAGGAGGAGCUCAACCCCGUGAUGUGCAGCAUGGGUCCCAGCAAGGACGCCGCGAUGACCAAACCCUUCCCCGGCGGCGGCCCCUUCCCCAUGGGCAUGUACAACGCCCACCCGCUUCAGGCCAUGCCCGGCCCAGGCGGGGGGCACCACCACCCCCUGAUGCCCGGCCCCCUCUCCGCCGCCAUGGGAAUGGGCUGUCACGUGGAGUCCCCCCACCACCACCACCCUCACCACCACCAUCACCAUCACCACCACCACCACCACCACCAGCACUCCCCUCCCCAGACCCAUCAGCACACCCAGGCCCACCAGCACGCCCAGCAGCCGCCGCCCAAGUACCAGCUGGGAUCUACCUCAUACCUGCUGGACAAGCCCCUCAAAGUGGAGAUGGAGAGCUUUCUUAUGGACCUGCAGAGUGGGCUGCCGGGCCCAGCGUCGGGCGACCACCAUCACGCCGCUUCCUCCCCCACCAAGGACGGACUGGAGCACCCCCAAGGCCUGUCCCAUGAGCUCUCCGGGGACCCCCGACUGUCCAAGAGCCCCGCCAUCAUGGCCGAGUCUCUGUGCGCUGCUAACAUGGACUUCUCUCACCUGUUGGGCUUCCUGCCCCUCAACCUGCCCCCGUACAACGCCCCCAUGAGCUCCGCGGGCCUAGUCAUGGGCUACACCUCGUCCGCCACCGCCUCCUCCUCUUCCUCCUCUUCGUCGUCGUCAUCCCUGCACGCUGCCGAGCCCCACGCGGCGGCGGCCACACCUCUGACCUCUUUGCAACCUCAACCUCAGGAACAUCAGGGUUCCGGCGGGGGCCUGGGCCUCGGGGCCCUGCAUCCCCUCCCGCCAGUCUUCAGCUCCGGCCUCAGCACUACCACCCUGCCUCGCUUCCACCAGGCCUUCCAGUGACGGGCAGCCAGGCCCAGCCUCAGCUCACUGGCUUGGGCCCCCGGAGGCCUGCUCGCUGAAUGGGCGGUGGAUGGGAAGAGCAGAAAGGACACUUGAACACUUAGAAGCCUUAAUUGAAGUGCACAAAAAAGCGUUUGAUUAAAGCCUAGAGGAAACAGAACCCUUAGUUGAAACGAAAGGAAAAGAUUAAGUAAGGAGCUUUUGUUUUGGAUUUGUUUCUGUCCUUUAGUUAGGAUGGUGGAAUCACCCUCUUUAUCCCCUCAUGCCUGCUCUGCGGUGAUGAGGCAGAUUGCCUGAAGGCCUGGUACUGCUACACUUAGAAAGUAAUAAUGUUAUGAAAAAAAAUCAAAGAUACAUUUUUUUGUGACCCAGAAAAAAUAGUUUGAAGUGGAUAAAAUAUAACUUUCUUGCUUUUCCAAAUGUGACCGAACAUGCUGGAUUGUCUCAGCUACGAGAGCAAAGGUCUGAACCAGAGCCAUCCAUUUAAGAGAGUUGUGACGGGUUUAGAACAGUCGCCAUGGUUGCAUCUCUAGUCUCAGUACAUUGGUCGUUUUUUACAUUUUAGCCAUUUAGAAGCCCAUUGUAGCCAGAAAGACUAAAAGGAUCAAUUAUGUGUAAGUGCCUUGCUGAAGAGCACAAGAGUGGAUUUUGAACCAGCAUCCUUUCGUUUACUGGUUUACAGCGCUCUAACCAAUACACUAUGAGUUUACUGGUUUACAGCGCUCUAACCAAUACACUAUGAGUUUACUGGUUUACAGCGCUCUAACCAAUACACUAUGAGUUUACUGGUUUACAGCGCUCUAACCAAUACACUAUGAGUUUACUGGUUUACAGCGCUCUAACCAAUACACUAUGAGUUUACUGGUUUACAGCGCUCUAACCAAUACACUAUGAGUUUACUGGUUUACAGCGCUCUAACCAAUACACUAUGAGUUUACUGGUUUACAGCGCUCUAACCAAUACACUAUGAGUUUACUGGUUUACAGCGCUCUAACCAAUACACUAUGCGUUAGAAUGCUCUUGGAAAAUUCAAAUGUGUUGACAGGACUCACUCUCUCUAAACCAAUGACUCUGGUUCAGACCGUCAGCUCAGACUCACACCCUGUCUGCUGACUUUCGCUGUCAGGAGGAAAGACUAGUGAAGAAUGGAAGUGAUCCAACCCAUAUUGGUCACCCUCCUUCGAUAAGCUAGGGCGACCAUAAAAAAUAUCUCAGUCUAGAAAAAUAUGCUCUUUAAAAAAAUUGCUCUUUAAAAGUAAAAACAAAAAAAAAAGUGCUCUUAACUGAUUAAUGUUAAGUCAUUUUAUGACUUGUAGAGGACGAAUAGGAUGAGUGAAAAAAAAAAAAUAUUACGCCGGCCCUGUUAAUACCUGGUCAUAAAGUGUCCUUUGUCUUCUUCUUGUCCACAUUCUUUGUUGGCAUUUUUUGUAACUGGUAUAGAAAAUGAAUAGACGGAAUGUGACUUGAUUGAGCUCUUAUCAGUAUAAGUAGACAAGAUCAGCACAAGAUAAGAACGAAAGACAUGUUAGAGCCGGAUAGAAAUGGGGCUAAAGAUAAACACUGUCAAACAGAGUGACCAGUAACAGGUACCUCAGACAUUCAUUAGUAAGGAGAUGUGAAAUCUUCGGCGUCGGUAGAAAACAUGCCAAGUCAUGCUGAUUUUAUGUAGUUCCUCGAGAAAAAAUAAGCACUUUUUUUUUUAGCAGAAGGCACUUCGCCUUUAGGCGUCUUUGGCUAGUGCUUCUGGUCGCUGACCCCCUCAAU